GACAGCAUGUCUUCCAAAGUUCACUCCUCAGUCGCCAAAGGCAAGGACCACCGGCCCUCAGGCCAGGAGCGUCAGCCCCUCCCAGAGGCCAACGCUGAAGCCAUCGACUUCCUCAACUCCCUCCGUGAGCCCAGACAGGGGCGAGGGGACCGAGUCUGGGAGGAGGCAAGGGGACAGGCCCGGACGGUCCCCACCUCUGUCAGCUCCGUUCUCCUAGAACUAAAAUGGGCGCAAGGCCUGUUGGCUGACGUUGGAGGGAUGCGAGGGGGAGAGGGGUCUUCAGCCCCGGCUCCUGCGGACGGCAGUGGGGAGGCGGCAGGGGGGAGGCGGGACAAGCUGUGAGGACUCCAGGGCUGAUCAGUCCCCACCCGCCGCCCCACCCAAGAGCCCGAGGAGCUGCAGAUGCUCUUCUUCUCUGAGACUCUGGCCAUGGUCUCCGACACCGGAGAGCCUCGGGGAGAACUGACCAUCGAGGUGCAGAGAGGGAAAUACAGGGACGAAAUGAGCAUCAUGUCCCAGUGCAUCCUCGUGCACGCCUUUAGCCACGGCCUCCUGGAUAAAACCGUCUGUGGAAACUCGCUCCUGGUUCCUCAUCCUCCCCAUGGAACACAAGAUGAGUCUGCUGAAGCAGAAUGACCAGCUGGCCAUGACCAGAAGCAUCAAGGAGGGUGAGGAAGUGAAGACUGGUGUGGCCUUCUUCCCCUUGCACUCAAUUACUGGCUUCAUCUCCGAAGCUGCCAACCUGGUGCUGUUGAGGUUGAUGGCUCGAAGGCAGAAGGUCCCUCAAAAUGCCCGCUUCCUGGCCUUGGACACUGAGGGCAAACUCUGCUACUCCACCUAUCAAGCCCUGGGCUUCCAGAACAUCCAGGUGGGCCACCAGCAGUCCGAGGUGUUCAUUGUGGAGCACACCGUGCACUCCAACGAGGGUAUCCCCAUGUCCUGGCAGUUCUACAUGCUCUGUGAUGGGCACCUGGCUAAGAGGAUCCAGGUGGGCUCCCCUGGGUACUGCAUCAUCACCAAGAUGCCCAUCUUGAGGAAGGAGGAUGUCAUAGAGCCAAAACCUGUGUUUGAGAAGAAACCCCUGGAGUGGGAGGAGGACCUGGAGCUCUACUCUAAGUUCCUGGAGAGGAAGGUAAGGAGCCGCAGCGGCCAGUCGGGGGUCCCCCCACCCCGGGCCAUGAACCCCCCAUUACCGAUCUCCCUGUCCCUCCCUCCUUUCCCCCUGCCCCCUCUCGGCUCUGAACCGCACACCCUGGGGGCCCUGCUGGGAGCGGGUGGGGGCUCCUGGCGCGGGUCCCCGGCUCCGACCCGGGCCUCCCCGCCAGGAGGAGCUGCGACUGAGCCACGCCAGCUACCUGCGGCAGCACCCCGAGGCGCAGGCGCUCGUCUCCGACUUCCUGCUCUUCCUGCUGCUGCGCCAGCCCCAGGACGUGGUCACCUUCGCCGCCGAGUACUUCGGCCCUUUUGCGGCAAACCGCCCGCCCUCACCGCCCUUGCGCUCCUCCCACAGGCCCAGCCCUUUCCGCUCGCCGGACCCGGGGGACGCCGCGGGCUCGGGGGCGGGCUGGGCGCACUAGGCUGGCGGGGACCCAGCGGGAAGCGGGGGCGUCGCGGCGGGGCCCCUCGGGGACGCGGGCUGGUCCCGCCCCGGGCGGGCGCGCCGGCCCAGCUGCGGCUUUUGUGGGAAUAAACGGGGCGCUCCCGGCGCCGCUGGGCCAGCAGGGACUCCCCCUGGCCCGCGCCUGGUGCCUUUGACCCCACGAGUGGAGCGAGUUUCAGUCUUUCCUCCUAGAUGCCGGGCGCAUUGUUAUCCCCAUUUCGCAGAUAAGAAAAUAGAAGCCUAGCGACUCUUAGAGUUGGCGCGGGAAGCAGGGUGAACCUGGACACUGCUCUUGAAAGCCCGCGCUCUGAGUCUCCAGGUAGCAGACUUGGAGGGGCGGGGUCCUUGGCGCUCAGAAUCCUUCUGGAUCCCACUAAGCACAGUCGCCCGCCCCAGGAGGGUCUUGAAACACACCUGGCCUCGCUCUACGCCUUUGUGCUCUAUCGUCUCCGUGUCCCCACCCACACACAGGAACCCUCAAACGGCGGGGGAUCCACAGGCACUGGCUCUCACUAAGUUGCUGAGGUUGGCUUUGAACUUGCAAUCCUCCUGCCUCAGCCUCCCGAGCUACUGGGAUUACAGGCAGGCACCACUGUGCCAGGCUCGAGGUAGGGGACAUGUAAGGUUUUCCAGACAGAGAAAAUGGCAUGAGCAGAGGGUACCAGCAGGAGAGUGGAACACAUCCCACACCACCUUCUGGUAGAAAUGGUCUGUGCCUGUGAUGUCCAGCAAGGAAGCCACUAGCCAGUAUGGGCGUUCUGUACUGGAAAUGUGGCCAGUGUGACCAAAGAAUUGGAGUUUUACUUUUGAUUUAAAUUAACUUUCAAGAUAGAGUGGCUUCCAUAUCGGAAGCAUAGCUCUAGAGAAGAAAUUCUUACCCCAGCUGGAAGUCAGCCCAACAAAUACUGCCUCCCUUCACAGACUAGGAUUAUUCUGGGAACUGGGAGGUCAGCAGUGAUAAGACACAGUCCCUGUCAUCAUGGAGCUUACAGGUAAUGUGGGGAGAUGGACCCCCCUCCAAAAAAAAAGCAUUAUUUCUUAUGACGUUUCAGACAUUUAAAAGCUGAGUCAUGGGUAGAAAGUGACUCAGGGGGUUGGAGGAUUGAGGGUGGGGACUUCAGGGAAGAUCUCUCUAGUGUCUGAGUUGACCUAGGACCUAAAUGAUAAGGAGUCAGACUGAGGAAAAGCAUUCUAGGCAGAGGGAACAGCAAGCACAAAGGCUCUGAGUACAGCAUGUUGGGGAACAGAGCACGGAGGCCUGAGGACAAUGGGAGCCAUGAGUCAUGGCGGGUUGGACAGGGCUGGCUCACCGCCAGGCUCCUAGGCCGCAGCAAGUACAAGUGGAGAACCAAGGCGGGCCUGAACACUCCCAGCUAUAUCCCCAGGCCCCCUGCAGUCGCAGACACCCUGCAGGUGGAGGAAAGGUGAAGAGGCAACUUCCAGCCUCUCUGUCGAGCUCGCCUGCCUGCAUUAGGGAACUUAGGAAGGAGAAGUCUGACCACUCCCUGCCUCCUCUGGGACAUCCAUUGCAAAAGUGGUUUAUUUUUAGAUCUUAUAGUUUGUCCCAGAACUUCUAUGACCCCUUCUUUUGCUCCAUAAUACCAAGAAAUUUAUAAAUAUCUCUCUCUCUCUCUCUCUCUCUCUCUCUCUCUUUCUCUCAGUACUGGGGAUUGAAGCCAGGGAUGCUCUACCAGUGAGACACCCCCCAGCCCUUUUACUUUUUUUAUUUUGAGAUAGGAUCUCACUAAAUUGCCCAGGAUGGCCUUGAACUUGCAAUCCUUUUGCUUCAACCUCUGACCAUUUCCUGGGGGGGAAAAAAAAAACCACCUGUUGAGCCCAUCUGGCCCAGCACCUGGGCAUUCAGUGGUGGGCAAACAGGCCAGGACCCUGCAGGGCACAAGGAGCUCAGAAAGGGAGACACCCUCGUCAUCCCGUGGACGAAUGUGUAAGGGUAGAUCACAGAAGGGGUAAGAAGGAAGCUGGGCGUGGGCUAAGGCAGGAGGAUCACAAGUUCAAGGCCAGCCUGGGCAACUUAGUGAGAGCAGGCCCUAAAUAAAAUUAAAAGGGCUGGGGAUGUAUCUCAGUUGUACAGCACCCUGGGUUCAAUCAGUGCCACAAAAUAAUAACAAUAAUAAUAAAUAAAUAAUAAUUAUUAUUAUUAGUUAAUAAAUAAUAGCAAAUAAUAAUUAUAAUGUUAUUAUUAAAAUACUUUGUUAUUAUCAUAAAGGGCUAAGAAGGGAACAUAUACAUACAACAUGGAAGUGUGCAAUUCAAACUUGACCUCGUCUGAGAGUCCAGGGAUCAAAGAGAAAUAAAUAGUAAUCAUAAGGUGUUGGGGUGUAACUUAGUGGUAGGGGACUUAUCAAGCAUGCAUGAGGCCCUGGGCUCAAUUCCACCACUGUAAGAAAAUAAAUAGUCCUGGUAAUAAGCAUGAGUCAACAAUUCCUGUGAUCACAGCAUCCCUAGGAGGUGGGUUAGUCCACCUUCUGUUGCUCUAACAAAAUGCCUGAGACUGAGUUAUUAAUAAGGAACAGAGGUAGUUGGCUGGUGGUUUGGAGGCUGGAAGAGCACCUGCAUCUGCUUGGCGUCUGGUGAGGCCUUCUGGCCGCAUCCUGACAUCGCAGAGACCGCAGGCAGCCGCCCAAUCUCUCUCUUCCUCUUUUUUGUGUUUGUCUUUGGGUGCGGGGGAGGGUGUGGUGCUGGGGACUAAACCCAAAUUAAACCCAAAAGACGCUCUACCACUGAGCGACACCCCCAUACACCCUCAGCCCUUUUUAUUUUGAGGCAAAGUCCCACUAAGUUGUGGAGGCUGGCCUCCAAUUUGCAAUCCUCCUGCCUCAGCUUCCUGAGUAGCUAAGACUAUCCUUUUUUUUUUAUAGAAACCACUGCCCCUAUCAUGAGCGCCCCACCCUCAGGACCUCAUGCUGUCCUAAAGGCCCUGCCUCCAAAUGUGUUAACACUUGAACUUGGGCGCAUUAAGUUCCUAACACAUAAAAUUUGGGAGGUACAUUCACAUCAUAGCAGGGCAGGUUCUAUUAUAUCUAUUUUACAAAUGAGGAAAAGGUCAAGGUCUGAGGCUACACAGAGCAGGGAGUUCAACCCAGAGUGUCCGGCUCCAGGGUUCAUGAACUGAGCCAUUCUGAUAGAAAGACCCAAGUGGCUGCCUCACAGCAGAAAAGGGGCACCUCCUGCUUUAAUAAUCUAGAGCAGGCUUCACUGGACACUGCCUUUCCCCUUCCCCAGGUGCCUGGAAACUGCCUUCCUCUCUAGAGCAUUGCCACCAAGAGCAGGGCAUUGUGCCGAGAGAGCACACAACCUUGCCUGGGAGAGACCAUGGAGGGCUUCCUGGAGGAGGCCACACCAGGCAAAGGUUGUGGAGGAUGUUUCAAGAGAAAGCAGCUUAAGAUAAGGCUAGGAGGUUGGAGGGUUGGGAGCACUGAACCUAUGGGCUACUACAGGGCUCAGGAUAAGCUGAUGAAGAGGGAGGGAGCCUAACCAGCAUGUGGCCUGCUGUCCCAGACACUGACUCUGGACGUGAGUGAGGCAAAGGCCUGGAUGUCCACCUGUUUCUGCAAGUUUCCCUUCCCACAAGAAGCCUUGAAGAGAGCAGGUGAACUAAGAGCAGUGCUACAGGUAGAGCCUGACUCAGUCUGUUCAGUGCUGCUAUAACAGAUUGCCAGAGGUUGGGUGAUUUACCAAGAGAAAAAUGUAUUUCUCACAGUUCUGGAACCUGGGAAGUCUAAUGUCAGGGUGCUGGCAUCUGUGGAAGGCCUUCUUGCUACAUCACCCCAUGGUAGAAGUCAAGAGGGAGAGGGGGAGAGAAAGAAUGCAAAAAAAGAUGAAGUUGGGGUCUCAAACCCUUUUAUAAUUGAUACUAAUUCAUUCACAAGCCCCACGAGCUAAACACCUCCCAACACUGUUGCCAUGGAGAUUAAGUUUCCAGUGCAGGUUUUUUGGGGACCAUAUUCAAACCAUAGCAGAGCCCUAAAGAAGAGUCUCUGGUAUUUAACUAGACAACAUUAAAACCAGGCUGGUAGUGCUUGGGAAGGUACAGACCUCGUCUUUGGACUCUCUGUCCGUUCUUCCCUUUAUUAAUCCUCUGGUUAAAUCUGCAGUUCCCCUGAAACCAGCACGAAAAACCUGUUCCUGCUCAGUUUGAUGGUUUCUCCAUUUUGUUUUAUGACGCAUUGCAUCAAGAUUGUUCUCUACUGGGGCUGGGGCUGGGGCUCAGUGGUAGAGCGCUCGCCUAGCAUGCAUGAGGCACUGGUUUGAUCCUCAGCAACACAUAAAAGUAAAAUAAAGUUGUGUCUACCGAAAACUAAAACAUAAAUAUUAAAAAAUUCUCUCUCUCUUAAAAAAAUAAAUAAAUAAAGCUAUUGUGUCCAUCUACAACUAAAAAAGAAAUUCUUUAACAGGAAUUGUUCCCUACUAUUUUAAUCAUCAUAAAUACCUCAUGUUUGAGAUCUUGGCAAGGCUUUGGUGGCUGAAUGAGUCCAUUCUGGCUGCUAUAAGAAAAUACCUUAGGCUGGGCGUGGUGGUGCGUGCUAUAAUCCCAGUGGCUUGGGAGGCUGAGGCAGGAGGAUCUCAAGUUCAAAGCCAGCCUCAGUAAUUUAGCAAGGCCCUAAGCCACUCAGGGAGACCCUGUCUCUAAAUAUUAAAAAUCUGGGGCUGAGGCUCAGUGGGUAAGCACCCCUAGGCUCAACCCUGGUAUCAAAAAAAAAAAAAAAACUGCGUAAUUAUAAACAACAAAUUUAUUGCUGACAGUUCUGAAGGCCAAGAAGCACAGACUGAGGCGAUAGCAGGUGUAAUGUUUGGGGAACGUCUUCUGUGGGGCUGAAGGGCAAACAAGUCCCCUCAAUCUCUCAUACAAGGGCACAAAUCCCUUGUAAAUGGAGCCUCAUGACCUGAUCCCUCCCAGAGGCUUCGUCUCCUAUUGAUUGGUUUUGUUGGAUUUUGUUUUGUGGACCUGGGGAGUGGACCCAGGAGCACUCUACCACGGAGCUACUCCCCAGCCCUUUUCAUUUUUUUAUUUAGAGACAAAGUCUUAAGAGUCUGAGGUCAACCUUGAACUUGCAGUCCUCCUGCCUCAGCCUCCUGAGUUGCUGGGAUUAUAGGUUUCACCACUGCACUCAGCAGGAGCUAGGUUUUAAAAUAUAAAUUUUGUGGGGACACAAACAUUUAGACAAUAACAGUGGGGAAACCUGAGAAUCAACUAUUAGGAGCACCAAUGUGUGUAACAUUUGGCAUUCCAAAGAACUGACACUGACUGACAACAUUUUGGAACUCAGGACUGGGGGUGUAGCUCAGUGGUAGAGCACUUGCCUAGCAUGCAGGCAGCCUCAGAUUCCACCCCCAAACACAGCCCCUCCAGAAUUAUUUUUUUAAUUUAUUUUUUAGUUUUAGGUGGACACGAUAUCUUUUUUUUUUUUUAAUGUGGUGCUGAGGAUCGAACUCAGUGCUCCGCGCAUGCCAGGCGAGCACACCACCACUUGAGCCACGUUUCCAGCCCCGCCAAAAACUAUUUUUUAAGGCUGAAUAAUAUUCCAUUUUGUGUAUAUACCACAUUGUAUGUUUAUCUUGUCAUCUGUUAAUGGACACUUAGGCAGUUUCCACCUUUUGGCUGCUGUGAACAAUGUUGUCAAGAGUAUUGAUGAAAGAAUGUCCCCCCCCACAUUUUUU